UGCUUUUGUACAGCUCGCGCCUUUCCCGUAUCCCAGCGGUUCGGAGCUGUUGACCUCGGAGAGGUGGAACAGCGCGAGGCCGACGCGAGCCUUCCGUCGUGGCUGCGUUGUGACAUCCGCAGCAGCUCGAGCCUGCGACGUACAGCUUUCUGUUCCCGUUCAAUAUGUCUGGCCUUGUCUGCCGUCAAGUACACCAGGUGUUCCAGCACCCAAGAUUGUUAUUUGACCUCAUAGUUGCACUGCUUUAUCAUCACAGGAAAAGCUUGACUCUAUAGCCAAUGGGAUUAAGUCACUGCAGGCCUUAAAGUUUUUGCUGGUGCUUGAUCAAUCACUACUCCACAGCUGGCAUUACUUCUCCCACCCGUGAAGGAGCGCUUUGGUCCCUUUCAAACCAUUGCAAUUUAUCUCACAAGUAGAACCAUUUUCUAUCAGGUUGAAUAAAGAUUUUCAAACAUGAUUCCCAACGGGUGUUUGAUUUUUGAAGACGAAAGCUUCCUGGAUUCAACGGUGGCAAAGAUGAAUGCACUGCGUAAGAGUGGCCAAUUCUGUGACGUCAGACUGCAAGUCUGUGGCCAUGAGCUUAUGGCCCAUCGGGCUGUUUUGGCAUGCUGUAGCCCCUACCUGUUUGAGAUCUUCAACAGUGAUGGGGAGCCGCGUGGGAUCUCUCAUGUUAAAUUUGAUGACCUGAACCCUGAGGCAGUUGAGAUCCUCCUGAACUAUGCUUACACCGCUCAGUUGAAGGCAGGCAAGGAGCUGGUUCAAGAUGUCUACUCCGCUGCUAAAAGACUCAAGAUGGAAAGGGUAAAGCAGACAUGCGGUGAUUACCUGCUAUCAAAGAUGGACUGUCAAAGUGCCAUUUCCUACCGCAACUUUGCCAGCCUCAUGGGCGAUGGGAGACUUCUUUGUAAGAUCGAUGGCUACAUCCAGGAACACUUGGUGGAGAUCUCAGAGCAGGAUGACUUCCUCAAACUUCCCCGACUCAAGUUAGAAGUAAUGUUGGAAGACAACCUGAACCUGCCAAGCAAUGAUAAACUUUUCUCCAAGGUCAUACGCUGGGUGCAGCACUGCCUGUUGGAGAAUGGGGAACUGCUAGAGAGGCUGAUGGAGGAGGUGCAAAUGCUGUACUACUCAGCAGAUCACAAACUGCAUGAUGGGAAUCAACUGGAGGGGCAGACUGAGGUGUUUGGCAAUGAUGACCACAUCCAGUUCCUGCAGAAGAAGCCCCUGCGGGAAAACUUCCAGAAGCAGGGCAGCAUCAGCUCAUACGGAAGCCUGUCCCCAGGCUCCUCUUCUCAGCUCUGCAAACCUGAGUGGAAGUGCAUCGCUUCUGAGAAAACCAACAGCAACACCUAUUUGUGCCUGGCAGUGCUGAAUGGCGUGCUGAGUGUUAUCUUUCUGCAUGAGCGUGGCAGCCCACUGAGUUCCCCGUCCAGUACACCCUCCCUGCCCAAGAGCCUGAGCUUCGAGGUGCAGCAGGAGGGGCCAGAAGGGAAGCUGUGCAUCCCCAUGCACUAUGCUCGCUCUGGCCUGGGCACCGCUGAGCUGAACGGCAGGCUGGUGGCUGCAGGUGGUUACAACCGAGAGGAGUGUUUGCGUACAGUGGAGUGCUAUGACCCAAAGUGGGACCGCUGGACAUUCCUAUCCCCCAUGAGGACCCCUCGCGCACGCUUCCAGAUGGCUGUGUUGAUGGGUCAACUGUACGUGAUGGGCGGCUCCAACGGCCACUCAGAUGAGCUGAGCUGUGGGGAGACGUAUAACCCUCAGGCUGAUGAGUGGACCCAGGUGCCAGAGCUGAGGACAAACCGUUGCAACGCAGGUGUCUGUGCCUUGGAUGGCAAGCUGUAUGUUGUGGGAGGUUCGGAUCCUUGUGGACAAAAAGGACUGAAGAACUGUGAUGCCUUUGAUCCUGUCACCAAGACCUGGACCAGUUGUGGCCCACUUAACAUCAGGCGGCACCAGGCAGCAGUAUGUGAGCUGAAUGGCCUGCUGUAUGUGAUUGGUGGGGCUGAGUCCUGGAACUGCUUGAACAGCGUAGAGUGCUACAGUCCGGAAAGCAACACCUGGACCCUGGUCUCCCCAAUGAACGUGGCGCGUCGAGGGGCUGGAGUGGCUGUGCACCAGGGGAAGCUGUUCGUAGUGGGUGGCUUUGAUGGUUCCCAUGCACUGAACUGCGUGGAGGUCUACGACCCUGCCAGAAAUGAAUGGAAGAUGCUGGGCAGCAUGACAUCUGCGCGGAGCAAUGCUGGAGUGGCCGUGCUGGGUGGCGUCAUCUACGCGGUUGGUGGCUUUGAUGGCAACGACUUUCUCAACUCCAUGGAGACUUAUGACCCCGAGAUCAAUGAGUGGAGUCCAUGCAUGAGAGCUACUGUCACUACUACAGAAUGACCAGGUUGAGCACUUUUUUCAGUCCAACAGGCUUAGCGGUGUCCUCAUUCUGGUGUUGUGUCUCGAAGUGGACUGGGUGGGAGGGGGGUUGGAUUGUCAGCAGUUGGUGAGGUGGUAGUCACAGUUGCUUUACGCAACAUGAAAGUCUUUGCAUAUUGUAUACAAUACUUUCUGCUGUACACUCAUCUCUGAUAACAGGGUCCCAUUUAUUUCUACAUAACAUCAACUUCCACGAGCCAAAUUGUCAGUGUCUACAUUCAGGGCAUUCUCUGCCUCACGCUCUAUGCUUCCUUGAUAAACGCCAGACCUCUGCAACACUGGAAAAGGUCGUUCAUAAUGAAUGGAAAAUAUAGCAUGAAGAUAGGAAUUAUCAUUUUUGUUUUAAAUGUUAUGACAUGUAUUAGUGUUACCUUUGUAAUGUAUAAAAAUACCUUUUGUUUCGGUAUUUUAAGUGUUUUGGGUGACCUUUUUGUCCAGAAAUCAAGUGCUUUCCAUACAAAAUAAUGGCCGACUGAACACCUCGUAAUGAGGAAUCACAUACUGAUUGAAUCAAUGUUCUGUUAAUUUCAUGAAACAACUUAACCCUGUUAUGUGAGAAAUGGUUGUACAGUUGUGUUUUUUUCUCUGAGAAUGCUAACAUUAAGUACAAUAUUUGGAGUUACCGUUUUGAGAGUUUUCAGAGCCUGGAAAAUGUUUGCUUAUUUUACUAGAGCCUAUUUUACUGAUGCCUUUGAGCUCUUUAAUUAAACAUCUAAACAAAAUCAGGUUUAGAAUGCACUUAGGAACAAGAGUAGAUGUAUGAGUAAGAAAGUAAAGAUUAUGAAUAGAAAUUGUUUUUCUUGGGCUCACAGAAAAUGUGCAGAAAGUCAAAGCCUUAGUGAAAGGAUACUGAUCCACAUGGCUGUUUUUGGUUUAUUUAAACUGAAGCUGAAUUGCUUUAGAUGCCAUGGUAUCUUAUCAGAUUGCCUGUUUUGUAUAAUGUUUUAGAAGUAGACUGCUUGGCCAAUUUAGCAGUUGAACAACAACAGCUGGAGCAGAUAUAAGGACACGCUCACACUCACGCUUCUGUGCUCUUCUGACCACAGCACUGACCUUAACACUUGCCAUUCAGUCCAUUUGAUGAGGUGCUUAUUAAUGUUCCUUUUUUCUUAAAACCAUUUGUAUUGUCUUGUUUUUUAACCAGUUGAUGGGAGAAGGAAUUUUCACUUUUGUUACAAGCUGAUAUUUCUUAGGUAAUAAACCAAUACAAACUGCAUUAGACUUGUCUG